UGGUUCCCGGGAGCAGUGGAGGAGCUGGAUCUGGAGCCUGAGGGAGCCCGGGCUGCUGCUGCCGCUGCCUGCUGGGGCUGCAGACAUGGAGGGCCAGAGCGGCUCGGCCCAGAGCAGCAGGAAGCCAGGGUCCCGGGCAGGCCUGGGCUCCCUGCCUAUACCCCAGGGAGUUUCCCAAACUGAUGCCUCCCCCAAGGUGGACUCAACUUUUCAGCUCCCAGCGAAGGAGACGAAAGCCCCAGUGUCCCUGGAACCCCGGUUGGCUCUGGCUCCCGUGGGACCACGAGCCACUCUGCCCCCUUCUCCGGAGGGGACCAGGACACCUCUGACAACCCCCCGGCCCAUCCUGUUGCCCCUGUCUAUCCCCGGGGGUCAGAAAACUGCUCCUGCCCCCCGAAGCUCCAGCCUGGCUCCAACAUCGGUGGGCCAGCUGGUGAUGUCUGCCUCGGCCGGGCCAAAGCCACCCACAGCGACCUCGGGCUCAGCCCUGACUCCCAAGGCACUGGGGCAGCUGGUGAUGUCGGCCUCAGCCGGCCCGAGGUCUCCCCCAGGGCCAACGGCAACAUCCAGGAACCCGAAGCAGAUGCCACCUGCCACCAUGGGACCCAAGCCAGCACAGCCAGCUUCUGGCCUAAGCCUGGCCUUGACUCCAGAGGAACAGCCCCCAAAGUCCCCCUCCGGCUCUCCCUUAAUGUCCAGUCCGGUUCUGUCCCCUUCUCAAGAACAGGCUCUGUCCGUGACUCCCAUGCCAUCAGUUCCAGUCUCCGUGGGACAUAAACCACUGAAACAGAGAGAGGCCCUUAGACCCCUCCUUCCUUCAGAGGGUCAUCUCCAGCCUCCAGAGCAGGCCUCUGGUCCUGUGGGGUCCCCACCCUUGAUCCAGAGUCCCCCAGACCCCCGACUCUCCCCUUCCUUCAGAGCCCGACCUGAAGUUCCCCGCAGUUGUCCCGAGGAAUCUGGCCUCCCCCGGCCACCCCAGACCCUGGCCCUGGAUGGAGGUCAGGGCCCUUUAGACCCUGGCACCCGCUCCCCUGGACUUCUGUCCCCCACCUUCCGGCCAGGGGCCUCCGCAUUCCAGACUGUGCCCCCACCUCUGCCUAAGCCUCCUCGGUCUCCCAGCCGCUCCCCCAGCCGCUCCCCCAACCGCUCCCCCUGUGUCCCUCUGGCCCCUGAAACGACUGUCCCCAGGCCUGGAACCCAGGGCGCAAGUCCUGCCCCAGCCCGUCUGAGCCCCAGCCUUCAGCCUCGAGAAAUCCCAGUGCCUGUCACCAGCACCCCUUCUACAACUACCGCCACCGCCACCUCCUCCACUUCCUCCUCUUCCUCCGCCUCCUCCUCCUGGUCCGCUCAGCCUACCUGCAAGAAUGACCCCGGCUUCUGGAUCACUGUGGUCACGUGGAACGUGGGCACCGCCAUGCCCCCAGACGACGUCACCUCCCUCCUGCACCUGGGCUGCCACGGCGACGACACGGACACCGAGGGGGCCGACAUGAUCGCCAUCGGAUUACAAGAGGUGAAUUCCAUGAUCAACAAGCGGCUCAAGGACGCGCUCUUCACGGACCAGUGGAGCGAGCUCUUCAUGGACGCGUUGGCGCCCUUCAACUUCGUGCUGGUGAGCACCGUGCGGAUGCAGGGCGUCAUCCUGCUGCUGUUCGCCAAGUACUACCACCUGCCCUUCCUGAGGGACGUGCAGACGGACUGCACGCGCACGGGACUGGGGGGCUACUGGGGCAAUAAAGGUGGCGUGAGCGUGAGACUGGCAGCUUUCGGGCACAUGCUCUGCUUCCUGAACUGCCACCUGCCGGCGCACAUGGACAAGGCGGAGCAGCGCAAGGACAAUUUCCAGACCAUCCUCAGCCUGCAGCAGUUCCCGGGACCCGGGGCUCACGGCAUCCUGGAUCACGACCUCGUGUUCUGGUUCGGGGACCUGAACUUCCGCAUCGAGAGCUUCGAUCUACACUUCGUCAAGCUUGCCAUUGACAAAAACCAGCUCCAGCAGCUCUGGGAGAAGGACCAGCUCAACAUGGCCAAGAGCACCUGGCCCAUACUCAAGGGCUUCCAGGAGGGGCCCCUCAACUUUGCACCCACCUUCAAGUUUGACGUGGGUACUAACAAAUAUGAUACCAGUGCCAAGAAGCGGAAGCCAGCCUGGACAGACCGUAUCCUGUGGAAGGUCAAGACACCAAGUGGGGGUCCCAGCCCCUCAGGUCGAGAGAGCCACCGGCUCCUGGUGACCCAGCAUAGCUACCGUAGCCACAUGGAAUACACAGUCAGUGACCACAAGCCUGUGGCGGCCCAGUUUGUCCUGCGGUUUGCCUUCAGGGAUGAUGUGCCAUUGGUGCGGCUGGAGGUGGCAGACGAGUGGGUGCGGCCCGAGCAGGCUGUGGUGAGGUACCGCAUGGAAACUGUGUUCGCCCGCAGCUCCUGGGACUGGAUCGGCUUGUACCGGGUGGGUUUCCGCCACUGCAAGGACUAUGUGGCUUAUGUCUGGGCCAAACACGAGGACGUGGAUGGGAGUGUUUACCAGGUGACGUUCAGUGAGGAGUCUUUGCCCAAGGGCCAUGGAGACUUCAUCCUGGGCUAUUACAGUCACACGCACAGCAUACUCAUCGGGGUCACCGAACCGUUCCAGAUCUCGCUGCCAACCUCGGAGUCGGCCAGCAGCAGCACGGACAGCUCCAGGGCCAGCUCGGAUGAAGAGGACGACAGCACCCUGGAGCUGCUCGCACCCAAGUCCCGCAGCCCGAGCCCUGGCAAGUCCAAGCGGCACCGGAGCCGCAGCCCGGGCCUGGCCCGCUUCCCCAGCCUGGCCCUGCGACCCUCAUCCCGAGAACGCCGGGGGGCCAGCCGCAGCCCCUCGCCCCAGAACCGCCGCCUGCCUCGGGUGGCCCCCAGCAGAAGCAACGAAGGCAGCAGCCAGGGCAGUGGGGAAGAGGCGUCCGCUGGCCUCCCCGGGCCUUGGGCCUUCCAGCCGUCUGUGCCUCGAAACCUGCGCUUGCUGCCUGCCUUUCGCCUGGAGAUGGCGGCUCCUGGCGGCAGCAGCUCCUGGGAGUCUGAUCCGGAAACGCCAGCCCCCAACAGCCUCUCGCCCAGCCCCCAGGGCCGACAGGGGCUGGAGGAAGGGGGCCUGGGGCCCUGAGGGUAGCCGGGCAGGUGGACCCCGGUGGCCCCCAUCUGCCCCCAUCUUCUGCAAACCCUCCUGCCUCCCACCUGCUGUUGCUCCAGCUUUAUCUGCACCUGCCACUCUGUCCUGGUCAGGGGUAGCCAACUGGGCUCCCCAUCUCACACACACACAC